UUGCUUACAAUCAUGAAACGACAAUCGACCUUUGGUAUAUUCUGAAGAGGAAUGGGAUUGAAAAAUAGAGGAGCAGCAUGCCUCAAAUUUCUUUUAAUCCUUAUCUCCCCCGUCCUUAAUGAUAGAUAAAACACGUUCACCUCAUUUCCUACUCUUUCUGCAACACUUGGAAUUCUUCGUCUUCGUCUUCGUCUCCCUCUUCGUCUUCCUCUGCGAAAAAUGGGCGUUUCACUACCUGCGAUCUUCAUUCUUCUGGUUACGAUCCUUACGUUUGGGUGGAGGAUUCUGAAUUGGUUGUGGGUGACGCCCAAAUACCUGGAGAGGCGGCUGAGAGAGCAAGGGCUUGCCGGCAAUUCCUAUCGCCUUCUCUCCGGAGACUUGAAGGACAGCUCCCUCAUGUCCAACCAAGCAAUUUCUAAACCCAUCACUUUCUCUGAUGAUAUUUCGCCUCGUGUCGUCCCCUUCUUCCAUCACACUGUCAAAACUUACGGUAAGAAGUGUUUUAUGUGGGUCGGGCCAAAACCAAGUGUGUUUAUUAUGGACCCGGAACAAAUAAAAGAUAUUUUAACAAAGACAAGUCUCUUUCGGAAGCCGCGUAUAAAUCCACUUGCUAGGUUGCUAGUAUUGGGAGUCGUGGCCUACGAGGGUGAGAAAUGGGCUAAACAUAGAAAGAUUAUCAACCCUGCAUUCCGUAUCGAAAAGUUGAAGGAUAUGUUACAUGCAUUUUAUCAGAGUAGCAAUGAUAUGAUUAGCCAGUGGGAGAGGUUGAUUGGUGAAGAGGGGUCCUGUGAGUUAGAUGUGUGGCCUUAUAUUGAAAACCUGUCAGGUGAUGUGAUUUCUCGAUCAGCAUUUGGAAGUAGCUACACAGAAGGAAAAAGAAUAUUCCAACUCCAAAAAGAACAAGCUGAACUCUUUGUGAAAGCUGGACAAUCUGUUUACAUUCCAGGAUGGAGGUUUCUACCAACUAAUCUGAACAAGAGGAUGAAGGAAAUUUCCAGAGAAGUAGGAACUUUGCUGAAGGAAAUCAUUGACAAACGAGAGAGGGAAAGGAAGGCAGGCAAUGCUGCCAAUGAUGAUUUAUUGGGUGUACUUAUGGAAUCCAAUUCUAGAGAACUUCAAGAAUCUGGAAAUGAAAAGAAUGCUGCAAUGAGUAUUGCAGAUGUAAUUGAGGAAUGUAAGCUAUUUUACUUUGCGGGGCAAGAGACCACCUCAGUUUUGCUUGUUUGGACAAUGAUUAUGCUGAGCAAGUAUCCAAAUUGGCAAGUGCGUGCAAGAGAAGAGGUUUUGCAAGUCUUUGGCAAGAACAAACCAGACUUUGACGGGUUGAAUCACCUUAAAGUUGUAACCAUGAUACUGCUUGAGGUUCUGAGGUUCUACCCGCCAGUAACUUGGAUGAAUCGAUCAGUUGACAAGGAAACAAAGCUAGGAAAUUUGACAAUACCAGCAGGAGUGCUGAUUGCUUUACCCACAAUCCUUGUCCAACGUGAUUGUGAACUUUGGGGAGACAAUGCAAAGGAGUUCGACCCAGAGAGGUUUUCAGAAGGUGUUUCCAAGGCAACAAGGGGCCAACUAUCAUUUUUCCCAUUCGGAGGGGGUCCUCGGAUAUGCAUUGGACAAAACUUUGCUAUGAUGGAAGCGAAAAUGGCUCUGACAUUGAUAUUGCAGCACUUCUCAUUUGAACUUUCUUCAUCCUAUACUCAUGCUCCUUUCACAAUUAUAACUCUUCAACCUCAAUUUGGUGCUCACAUUAUACUGCACAAACUCUAGCAACUCUUAAUUUGUAAACCAAGAUUUAUUACUCCUCGAUGCUUGCGUACUAUUAUAGUGCGGGUGCUUUUUCAUUGUAUUAUUAAUGUAUUAGCCUUUGGCGUUCUAUUAUAUAUUUGAUAUCCACACAAGCACAUCUGUACAAAAUAGUAAAUAAUUUACAAAUUAGAUAAGAAAAGGUUGAGUUAUUCGUUCAAAA